AUGCUGAUUCACAAAUCUCGCCGAAAUCCAUCUUCGCCGACUCACCCAUUUCCUCUUUGGGCCGCCAGUCCAAGCUACAGUGGAUGCACGUACCCGCUAAAUUUGGAGACGUCAGAUGCCUGUAGCAAAAAAAGUGAAAAUGUUCUCCUGGAUGCUUGCCGCCACCGCAGCCAUCAACACCACAGCUUCGCACGCGCCGCCACAAUGAAGUCUGCGCUGUUGAACGCAGGCCUGCUGGCCAGCCGGACGACGCUUCCUCUACGUCCUGCCCUGCGGCCUUUAACACAUCCAUGCCUCGGCGCCCGCUUCGCCUCCACGCGCCGCGAUGCUCGCCCCUCGCGCAUGGUCCUGUCCGACAAUGUCCACCGCACGCCCUCGGCCACCAAGGACGCCAGACGCAAGCGCCAAGCUCCGGGCCCUUUCGGCGGCAUGAACAAGCGAGUCGCCAACAUUGACCCCAGACGACUGCCCCGCGCGGCCGCCGACAAGCGCAACGACACCCGCAAACCCAUCGACGAUCGCAAGGCCCUCAAGAUGCACCGCGCCCUCGCCUCCGUCUCCUACGGCCGACGGACGAGCAUGAAGGAUCGCAUGGCCGACUACGAGUCCUUUGACCAGUUUGACCUGCUGCCCCCGGUGCAGACCGCCAUCAACGAGGAGCUCUUCAAGGGCAUGACGGACAUCCGCCCCACGCCCGUCCAGCGCCUGGCCAUUCCCGCCCUCCUGGGCCAGACGUCGACCGGAUUCAUAGAAAAGGCGCAGACCAAGGCCCCGACCAGCAUAGCGCCCGGCAAGGUGCCGUCGUAUCUGCUCGCCGCGGAGACUGGGUCGGGCAAGACCCUGGCGUACAUGCUGCCCGCCGUCAACGCCCUCAAGCAGGCCGAAGCCAACGACCCAGACAUUGCCGCCUACAACGAACGAUUUACGGCCGAAAAGAAGCGUCAGGAGGAAAGCCACGGCAAGUGGAAGCCCUUUGACGAGCCCCAUCCCACCAUGGCCCGGCCCAAGGUCGUCAUCCUGGUCCCCACGGCGGAGCUUUGCCAGCAGGUGAUGCGCGUCUCCAAGACCAUCUCGCACGUCGCCAAGUUCAAAACGGAGAUGCUCUCCUCCGAUCUCAAGCCCCAGCAGAUUCAGCGCAACGUAUACUCGCCCAAGGGCCUCGACGUCGUCGUCGCCACGCCUCACUUGCUCGCCGCCAUGGCCGAUUCCGACCCUAAUAUCCUGUCGCGCGUCUCCCACCUCAUCAUCGACGAGGCAGACUCCCUCCUCGACCGAAGCUUUGCACCAGUCACCAUGAGCAUCAUCGAGCGGGCGACUCCUUCCCUGAAGCAACUGAUCUGCUGCUCAGCCACCAUUCCCAAGAAGCUCAACACCUACCUGGCCGUCAACUACCCCGACAUGAAGCGCAUCGUGACGCCGAACCUUCACGCCAUCCCUCGCCGCGUGCAGCUCGGCGUCAUUGACGUCUCCCGCGAUCCGUAUCGAAACAACAAAGACCUCGCCUGUGCAGAGUCCAUCUUUAGCAUCGGCCGCGAAUCCGCCCAGCACGAGGGCCCCGUCAAGGAGGAGGUCGACGUUCGCCGCAUCAUUGUCUUUGUCAACGAGCGCGAAAAGACCGAAGAGCUCGCCGACUAUCUUCGAUCCAAGGGCAUCGAUGCGCAAGCACUGCACCGUGACACGCCCGAGAAGCGACACGGCGAAAUCCUACAAGUCUUUACCAACCCCGAACCUCUUCGCGUGGCCCGGCCGGACGGCAAGGUAGCGCGCAGCUGGCUCUCCAGCAUCAAGGUCUUGGUCGUCACGGACCUGGCCUCUCGGGGUAUCGAUACCGUCGCUGUGCGCCACGUCAUUCUCUACGAUGUGCCGCACACCACCAUUGACUUUAUCCACCGUCUGGGCCGCGCUGGGCGCAUGGGUCGUCGCGGACGCGGUAUUGUUCUUGUCGGCAACGACGACCGUCGUGACGUUGUCGCCGAUGUCAAGAGAAGCAUGUUUAUGGGUCAGGCCUUGAUUUAA